AUGGGAUCCACCGCAUCGAAGCCGGAGACCAAGGUGUUUACGCCCAAUGCUCCUGUGGAUUUCAGUGCGUCGUUCUUGUCGCAUUUGGAAAACUCCCAGGAGUCCGAUUACACCAGAGCCCAGUACACUGAAAAGUACAUUCAAGACAGAGUUGCUUCCGAAUUGACAAAGUUGGAGAGGGAGGCUUUAGAGAAAUUCCAGAAAACUACUGCCGAAUCGUUAGACAAAUCCAAAGACACCAAGCUCUCUGUGGCUCUCUCGAACGAGAAAGUGCAGGGCUUGACUAAAGCGUUGCAGGACAGUGCCAAAUUGAUUCAGGUUGAAUUGAGCGACGAGGUCAAGAAAGCCCGUGGCGACGUCAUUGCCUGUUUGAAGGACAAUAAGGGACGCGCUUUGAACUGUUGGGACGAGGUUGAGCAGUUCAAGACGUUGGUGAAUAGCAUGUAA